GUAGGAGCGGACAGGCAAACGUCAAAAAGCGCAUAACUUCUGGUUGGAUCCGAUGGAUUAUAACGAUAAGCUCCCAUAUCUGCUCUAAACUCUGACAUUAUCCUCCCGUACAAGGAGACAGUUAUGCGGCGCAGUCACCUUCACAUCACAUAACGAGGUCCGCGGUCGGUAGAUCGAUUCCCGUUGGCCAUGGAGCGGUUCGAGGGGUAUGUGUUCACCGCUCUUUGCAGCACCAACCUCCUGGUCUCCUGCCUCUUGCUCUCCACGGUCACCCGGGAGCAGAGGGAGCCCUACAUGGACGAGGUGUUCCACGUCCCGCAGGCCCAGAAGUACUGCCAGGGGCGGUUCAACGAGUGGGACCCCAUGAUCACCACGCUGCCCGGCUUGUACCUGGUGUCGGUGGGCGUCAUCAAGCCCCUGGUGUGGCUGGCGGGCCUCAGGGGGGGCGUAGUCUGCUCCACGGCCAUGCUGCGCUUCGUCAACCUGCUGUUCAACGGAGGGAACCUCUACCUGCUCUACCUGCUCACCUGCAAGCUGCACCUCCGGGAGAAGAGUAAGAGCGCGUCGCGCCGCGUCCUCUCCGCCCUCUCCCUGUCCACCUUCCCCGUCCUCUACUUCUUCAACUUCCUGUACUACACCGACGCCGGCUCCACCUUCUUCAUCCUGUUCGCCUACCUGAUGACGCUUUACGGCUGCCACAAGGCCUCCGCGCUGCUCGGCGUCUGCGCCGUGCUCUUCCGCCAGACCAACGUGGUGUGGGUGGCCUUCUGCGCCGGCACGCUAUUGGCCGGCCAGCUGGACGAGGCGUGGCGCACCGACGGCGCCAAGAAGAGGGACGAGCGGGCGUCGCCGGUGCCGCUCUCGCUGGCCGGCGCCCGGCGCGUGACCCGCUUCCUGCUGGACUUCCUGUUGUCCCCGCCCCGGGCCAAGGCACUGCUGCUGUUGGCGUGGCCGUAUGCGGCCGCCGGCGCCAGCUUCCUGGCGUUCGUGGCGCUGAACGGCGGCAUCGUGGUGGGCGACCGCUCGAGCCACGAGGCCUGCCUCAACGCCCCGCAGCUCUUCUACUUCCUGUCCUUCGCGCUCGUCUUCUCGCUGCCUGCCACCCUGUGCCGCCACCGCCUGCUGCGCUUCCUGCAGGCGCUGCGCCGCAAGCCCCUCCUCUUCCUGCUGCUGGCCGCCGCCGGGCUCCUGCUGGUCUGGAACUUCACCCACGUCCACAAGUACCUGCUGGCCGACAACCGCCACUACACCUUCUACGCGUGGCAGCGUGUGGUCCAGCGCCACCCUCUGGCGCGCUACCUGCUGGUGCCCGCCUACGUCUUCGCCGGCUGGCACUUCCUGGACGCGCUGCGCUCGCGCUCGCUCUUCUGGACGCUCGCGCUGCUGGUGUGCGUGCUGGCGGCCACCGUGCCCCAGCGGCUGCUGGAGUUCCGCUACUUCAUCGUGCCGUACCUCGUGUUCCGCCUGCACAUGCCGCUGCCCUCGCUGCCGCGCCUGCUGCUGGAGCUAGCCCUGCACGCCGCCGUCAACGCCGCCACGCUCUACCUCUUCCUCGCCCGCCCCUUCCUCUGGCCCGGCAGCGAGGACACGCAGAGGUUCAUGUGGUGAGGAGGUCCGCCCGCCCAACAGCCCGCCCAACAGCCCGCCCAACAGCCCGCCCAACAGCCCGUCAGCCAAUCGGAGGCCUCCUCUGGUACCACCUGAGCCGGUCGGGACCAAUGGGGGACCGGUGCAGAGCGGGAGAACUUUGCUGCGCUGGAGCGAGAGAGAGCAGUUAGCCGUCCCUCUGAGGAGAUACAGAAUUGGUUUCUUUUUCUGAAUGUAUGAUUCCUUCAAUUCCGUUUUUUUUUUUUUUUUCCAAACAGCUGAGAUCAUGUUUCUGUUUUUUUUUUUUUUUUUUUUUACAAAUAGUCUUAGAGAGUCGUCAUCAGCAGGGUGAGGGGACGCGAGUCAUCCCAGGUAACGUGAAGUUCACCGUGGUGGUGGGGAGGUCUGAGAACCUCGACGACGGUUCAACACUCGACAUGUUCUUCAGAGCCCAAGGCCUCUGAACCACGGGGCCAGCGGACCUCACCGCCCUGUUUGGUGGGGGUCAGCCUGCCACUCAGCCUCACAGGAGGAAGAGAUGGGGGAAGAACAGGUCUGUCUGCAGCAGUGUUUACACCAGGCCCCCGGUUUGGAACGCACGCAUAUUGUGCGCGCAUUCCUCAAAGUGCAAAAGGAUGUCAUCUCUUUCCAAGAGCUUUCCCUUGUGCACACACACACACACACACACACACACACACACACACACACACACACACACACACACACACACACACACACACACACACACACACACACACACACACACACACACACACACACACACACACCUCUGAGUUAGUUUUUCUUUCAUGAGGUUCGUCGUGGAUUAGCUUGUUUUCUUACCGGUGUUCUGAUGUCGCAUCCUGCUGUGUUGACGCAACAUUAAAGGCUGAACACGAGCCGUCAUGAGCCAACAUGAAUCCUUUGUUUCAGUGCUUUUCAGUGUCUAGAAAUCAGUCUCUAAAUUGUAACUUUCACAUGUUUUUGUUUACUGUGAUCAGUCAGCCCAUCAGUGUUUACUGUAAUAUCUGUAGAUUUUGUUGUGAAUUGUUUUGUUUUCUUUGAAAUUGGUGAGUAAAUAAUCAUUUUCUAAGAACCCUAGUUGAUCAUAGUUUUGAAAUGUUGGCAUCUCAACAAUUGAGAUUAGAUGUGCAGUGAACUGCUGAAGAAGCGGGACAUUUUCAUUCCGCACCCUCGUUGGUAAUUAAAUUACUUUGCGUUUGACGUAAUUUUCCAAUAGAAACGUGGUUUAUUUAGUUGUGAUUGUUCCCCUAAACCUGUCGACUUUUUGUCACGUCUGUCUUCAUGUAUGUGCUACAUCGCCUGUGAACACAUUAAAAGUUCUAGAAAACAAAAA